AUGACCAAACAUUUCAAACAUGAGUUGGGUAAAGGGGCUUAUGGUUCUGUCUAUGAAGGAGAGCUUCGCAGCAAACGCAAAGUAGCUGUUAAGGUAUUGACUAAACCCCAAACCAAUGGACAAGAUUUCAUCAAUGAAGUUGCAACCAUUGGAAGAAUUCAUCAUGUCAAUGUGGUGCAACUAAUUGGAUAUUGUGUUGAAAGAACAAAGCAAGCUCUGGUUUAUGAAUUCAUGCCUAAUGGUUCUCUUCAUAAACACACGUUUUCACAAGAGCAAGGAAACUCAUCUUCAUUAAGCUACCACAAAAUCUACGACAUUUCUCUUGGAAUUGCUCGUGGAAUUCAAUACCUACACCAAGGUUGUGACAUGCAAAUCAUACACUUUGAUAUUAAACCACAUAAUAUUCUUCUUGAUGAGAAUUUAAACCCAAAGAUAUCCGACUUUGGUUUAGCAAAGUUGUUUCGAAUAGAUCAAAGCAUUUUAACUUUAACAGGAGUACGAGGAACAAUGGGUUACAUGGCUCCUGAGUUGUUGUACAAGAACAUUGGAAGCAUAUCUCAUAAAGCUGAUGUUUUUAGUUUUGGAAUGAUGCUAAUGGAAAUGGCAGGUAAAAAAAAGAAUUGUUGGCAAGAUUACUUUCCUAAGUGGAUUUAUGAUCAGUUUGAGGAAACAAUAGAUACAGACAAUGGAACAGAAGAGGAAAAGAAUGUUGCAAUGAAGAUGAUUGUGAUUGCCUUGAAAUGCAUACAAAUGAAACCAGACGAUCGUCCAUCAAUGAAUGAAGUGAUAGAAAUGCUUGAAGGAGAUGAAGUGCCUCAACACCUUCCACCUGAUUCACAAUCUUUGUUAACCUGGCAGACCAUGUCAACAGAUGCAAAUGAAUUUGAUGAUGACAACUAA